AUGAUGGCUCUGCGCGCCCUCAGCGUCGUGCGCAACCCUGAGACUGCCUGUAUCGGAUACCAGAUGAUGAUCCAAGAAGCGUGCAUGGGGCUUUUGGACGGAAUACCUCACUUAGGCCUCCGAGUCACGCUGGACACUUUGUAUUCGAAGUUCGGUAACAGCGGCGAGCCUGACAAAGCAUCAAUAGUACCCCAUGUAGCAGCCGCUCUGGAGGGCGUGGAUGGGCAGGCCUGGGAUGAUAUCGCAGUCUGGGAUAGCAAAGAUGGCGCCUGGUGGUCUGAGCUUGUUGCCCUACCGCCCACAGACUAUGCCGAUAUCGCCACCACUGCCGAAGAUACCCAGGCGCCGACUCGAAUCAUCCGUAGCGAUCCUGUCAUGUCAGCGCCUCCCACCUACCCCAACUUUAACUGGCUCCAGCCUGAACCAGCACCCGAAAACAUGACUACUGUCCAAAUCGAAGACGUGCGGCCUGUAGUGCGUUCUGCUGUCACUGGUGCUUCCAGUUUCAACGACGGUGGAAAAGGUGGUGACGAAGACACAACCUUACUUGAGGCCAAGGCCUUCCCUGAUGAUGGCGACCGCAAGCAGGGCGGACUGAAAUCGAAAUCGGGAUCUCAGGGGCAGAUGGGAGUGAAUGGGAGAGGAAAGGCGCCGGCUGACGGGCGCGAGGUGCCGGGUGUUGAAGAUCCUGAUACCCGGCAAAAAAAGCCUGCGAUUCAGAAGAAGGCAACGGCGCCUUCGGCGACGGGACAGUCGGGAUGGCGUUUGCCAGGCAUUCGUUUGCAUCACGACCGCCACGCAUACAAGGCACUCGAGGCUGAGACCGUCGAUAACUUCUCCAUCAUCCAACAACCCGAGUUUCACGGGAUGAAUUGCGUCGAUCUCGCUGUGAACAUCUCGCCCUGCCAAGAAUGCCACAAGUUAGGCUAUGUGUGUGUCUAUCGUCCACAGAAGGACAUCGCCGGCAGAUGGAUAGCGGCCACAUGCCAUAAUUGCUAUGUCACCCGUCGAGGAAAGUGCUCCGCAUCAGCACCGAACAAGCAGCGCAUACGAGUUGCGCUCGGGACCGACAUACGCUUUCUUUACGCCGAUCACCCUGACUUCAAUGAGAAACCCGCGCUCCGUGUGCCGUCUAUGAAGUGUCGUGUCAAGCUCUUCAAGGACCUCUUGGAGAAGAAGAAGCUUCUGGCGUGGCCGCAAUGGCUUGACGAGUUCGGCGCCGUACUCGACAAGGACUUCGCAAAGCUGACCGAGAACAACAUCAGCGAUGAGGCAACCGAAUUUUUCGCCAACGCCCCGGAAAUAUACGCAAGUCAUGACGCUUAUGUUCGUGAUUACCCUCAGUACAACACGCGCAAUCCGGACGCGAUCCGUAAGCCAUCGAAAAAGGGCUCUUCAGUAACAAAUCCCAUCAACGCAGAUGAUCCGGUGCCGGUCACGGCAUCCGACGUCGAAGACGACGAAGACGACGACGAGGCGAAUGGCGUCAAGACAGAGAUGGUGGAUGGCUUCGUGCCAGAAGAAGAGCAGGAGCUACACGCAGCGACCGGAGAUCUAGAGGAGGUGGAGGUGGAGGUGGAGGCAGGGUCGCAGAGGGUACCUGUGAGUCAAGUGGAGAACGCUGCACCUUUGGAUGAUAAGAUUGAAGAUCUCCCGGCAUUGCGGUCGACUGUGACGCUCAUUCGCGAGAAUCAGUUGGCGCAGCAAACCAUUCUUGACAACCUACUCUCUGAGCUUCAGCGCGUGCAUCAACGCCUGGACACAUGGAAUCCUUUGUAUGGCGCAGAGUCUUUCCCUGGGUUUGAUCCUUCUCACUGGGCCGGACAAGACACAUGGCUACAGCACGGAGGGAAUGGAUCCUUGAUGGAGCUCGACGCAAACAGCACGACAGCGACUGUACCUCAUGAGCUCGGCGAGUCUGGUGCGCAAGGAUCGGCUUCGGGCCUGAAAUCUGCGACCGGGGGCAUAGCUGUUGCUGACGCUAGACGCGUCAAUGAACCUCCUGUCGAGACGGCCGAGUCCAAGUCUCGGUGUGAUCCUGAAUCACCGAAGCUCACGACCGCCGAGAAGCCUUCCGUCCCCCCUCCAGCCUCUGACAACGUCGGCCCUCUUGAGCUGGCACGCGAUGGUCAUUCAAAGGCGUCAUUUCCCGAGUCUGAUAAGCAACCAGCGGGUACGGCAGGGAUGGAGGUCGCCGUGCCCUCAGAGACGUCUACAUUGGGUUCUCCCCCACUGCAGCAGACAACUCAUUCCAGCGCCGUCUCGACGUCAGACAGAGCGCCAGACGCGGAUAGAUCAACUUCGUUUAUGCUCGAUGCAGGAGCAGACAGGGUCCCCGAGGACUCCCAAGUUGUUGCAAUUGACGCUCCGGCGUCAAGUGGGGAUAUCAUCAAUGACCCGCCUGGCCGAUCCGAGCCCCCCUCGCACCCGGGUGUCUUCCCCGUACCAUCUUCAUAUGAACGUAGUGUGGAGAACAUCACUAUCCCAACGUCACCUGUAGCCCACACGUUGCCGCCCAUUCUUCCGAACCAGGACACACUUGCUGUCGUUCACAACGCGAUCCCGAGUCCGCUGCCCCCGACUACUAUGGCGCCAUUCACUGCAAACAGCAAUGGCUCGCCGACGACGACGGCGUCACUGUUGCAGCAGUAUGUUCAUGUACCGCUGAUGAUCCUUCCGGGCUCGUUCUCGACUCAGAUGGACGCCAAUCUUCAGAGGGAGGGCAACUGGCAAGGGAGUCAAGGUGUGCUCAAUCCACUUGCCCAACCAACUUUGCCUGGGAAUAGUGACUCGCGGAUCCAAGAUAUACCCCCCGGAAAAGACUGUGACGUCCGGGUAAACGCCAACAAUGGAUGUUCCGGAAGUCUCGGCCUCGAUGUAUUCCCUCCACCUUUCCACACGGCCCAGUCACCCGAUCACGCGGAGGUGCGCGAAGAUGAGGAAAGCGUCGCGUUGGGCGCUUCGACCGAACAUGCUGUUCAUGACGGAAGAGCUAAGAACGUCCAUGAUACCGACGCAACUCCUGAUGACUGUCUGGAUAAUCGCUCGAGUGCCACCAACAGCCCCGCGGAUUCGGUGGCGCAGAACAAUACCGAGGGUGAUGGUGACUGUUUUGCGACGGGAGCAGAGGACGAAGAUUCACUCGAGACCCCCUCUACAGGAGGUGCAGGGCCCGUUGCCGAUGCAGGCCAUAUGCAGGACCCCGAAGCGAUCCGCCUUCCAAAUGACACUUUGGACCCUGGCGACCUUGCCCGCAACAAGCAAAUUCCGGCCAAGCGUACUGUCGCUCGCAAGCCAGUGCAAACGGCUCCUGUUGUACAUCAAACUCGGUCGCGUGCGCGCAGUGCGGCGGAGCCCGAGCCACCCCCAAAGGCACCAGAACCAGUGGGCAAGAAGCGGAAACGCCGAGAGCCCGCCACGGGGGACGCACCGGCAGCCGACAACUCAGGGAAGACACAGCGCAAAAGUCCAUCGAAGCGGAAGAGGCAUUGA